AUGGCUGAGCAUGAUGCGAUUGCCAUCGUAGGGCUAUCAUGUCGUCUCCCCGGCGAGGCAUCGAGCCCCGAAAGGUUUUGGGACUUGAUGUUCAACGGACGUUCGGCCUACUCAGAAACGAACAAGCAAUGGAAUGCUGCCGGAUUUUAUGGUGCAACAGAUGACCGCCCCAACAUCUGCGUGGCUCGGGGUGGUCAUUUCCUUGAUCAAGACCAUUCUGACUUUGACGCAACCUUUUUUCAUAUUAGCCAGCAAGAGGCGGCGGCCAUGGACCCCCAACAACGGCUCAUGCUCGAAGUUAGUUACGAAGCUUUUGAGAAUGCUGGUAUGAAGAUGGAUCAACUAUCAGCGUCUCCGACCGGCUGCUAUGUCGGUGUCAUGGGCACCGAGUGGAAGGAAAGCUUCUCCAGGGACCCGGAAGCUGCCCCCAAGUAUGCAUACACUGGCUCUGCCACCGAGUUUGUCUCGAGCCGCGUUUCGUGGUUCUACAACCUUACUGGUCCCAGCAUGACGGUCAACACGGCUUGCUCGUCCAGUCUGGUCGCCAUGCAUCUGGCCUGUCAAAGCCUCCGCACCGGCGAGUGUGAAACGGCACUCGUGGGCGGGGUAAAUUUGAUGCUCAACCCGGAUUUCUCUUGUCACCUCUCUAGACAAAGGUUCCUCGCCAGUGAUGGCAAAUGCAAGACCUUUGACUCGAUGGCGGACGGAUACGGAAGAGGAGAGGGAUGCGCUGCACUGGUUCUCAAGCGAGCCAGUGAUGCAAUCCGCGAUGGCGACUCGAUUCGAGCAGUCAUUCGUGCUACUGGUCUGAACCAGGACGGGAAGACCAAGUCCAUAACUCGUCCGAGUCAAGAUGCGCAGGUGUCUUUGAUACGAUCAACGUAUAAGCAAGCCGGUCUGGAUCUCGGUGAAGCAUCAUACUUUGAGACCCAUGGGACGGGCACGAAAACUGGUGACCCUAUCGAACUAGGGGCAAUCUACGAGACAAUUGGGAUCCUGCGUGAAGAAGGAGACCCCCUUCACAUCGGUGGAGUCAAGCCCAACAUCGGACACGGUGAGGCGGUAGCGGGACUGUCAUCCGUCAUCAAGUGCGUUUUAAUGUUAGAGAAGGAUACGAUACUACCGACCACGGGCAUCAACGAGUUGAACUCGAAGAUUCCGUUUCGAAAAUGGAAAUUAGAGGUCCCUCGAGCUCCUCUGCCAUGGCCAUCGACUACAACGACGCGGGUCCUGAGUGUCAAUGGAUUCGGUGCUGGAGGUACAAAUGCACACGUCGUCCUAGAGAGCACCGAUAGCUACCUUGGACGCCCCGGCUUAAGGAAUGGAUACCGCCGGGAAUCGAAUGAAGAUAUCGAAACACACCCCGAACGUCCAGCAAACACUCUGAGCCGACCACGCCUUUAUAUGGUAGCAUCGCAGGAUAAGGAAGGCAUCAAACGACAAAAGCAGCGUCUGCGACAACAUGUUGAAAACUUGUCAAACCGGGUUGCCAGGGACGAUGGCUACCUAACUCGGUUGGCGUUCACCCUGAAUCAAAGCCGAUCCCAACUCUCAUGGAUGUCGUAUGCUGUUGGCGGAUCCGCAGAACAGUUGGCAGAAUCUCUUCAGGACCCCAACUGCGUGUCCUUCCGGCAUGAUGGCAGCCGUCUCACAAGGAUAGGAUUCGUCUUCACUGGGCAGGCUGCCCAGUGGGCGAGAAUGGGAUCCGAGCUACUACAGUACGACGUAUUUGCCAACAGCAUUAAAGCCGCCGAUCUCUACUUCACCAGGAAGCUGGGGUGUUCGUGGUCCGCACUGGAGGAGCUGCUCCGCCAGAGCAGCCUAUCCAACAUCAACGACCCUGUCUACGCGCAGCCACUCACCGUCGCCUUGCAGGUGGCUCUGAUAGAGCUGCUGGCAUCAUGGAAUAUCACACCUUCAUCGAUAGUUGGACACUCAAGUGGGGAGAUUGCUGGGGCCUUUUGUGCUGGGGCCAUAUCUAGAGAAGACGCAUGGAGGAUUGCGUAUGCCAAGAGCCAGGUCCUCAAAAACAUGACCGGUCCUCCUGGAGCCAUGCUGGCAGCGAGUUUGUCGGAGGAUGAGGCCCAGACCUACAUCGCCAAGGCAGCAUCAAAGGGACGGGUCGUUGCAGCUUGCAUUAACUCCCCAUCAAGCGUCACGCUCUCCGGCGAUACUGCGGCCAUCGAAGAUAUUCAAGAGCAACUCAAGGCCCAAGGUCUAUUCCAGCGACGUUUGGCGGUUAGCUCUGCCUACCACUCUCACCAUAUGAAACCGAUCGCCGAGGAGUUCCGCAGCGGCAUCGAGGGUAUCCGAUAUAUUUCAAACGGCACCACCAGCAAGAUCCCAAUGUAUUCCAGCGUGACAGGAGAAGUUGUGGAUCCGUGCUGCCUUGGCAGUACGGAUUACUGGGUCACCAAUGUCGUCUCCCCCGUCCGAUUUUCAGAAGCUAUGAGCGAACUCGCAAAAGCCGGAGUGGAUAUUGUCCUCGAGGUCGGUCCUCAUUGCGGUCUCAAGAGCCCGAUUACGCAAAUCCUCAAGGCUUGCGGAUUGAGUGACGUUAAUUACCAGUCAAUCCUCUAUCGCGGAAAGGACGCCGUCGAUACCGCGUUGCAGUGUGCGGGUGCACUGGCUGCCCAGGGAGUUCCCGUCAAUAUCGAAGCUGUCAACAAGGAUGCAAAUCUCGCCACCGCGCUUCGUCGUCCAGUCACUGACCUGCCUACAUAUGCGUGGAACCAUACACGAAGCUAUUGGGCCGAGCCGCCUCUGAACCGUGAUCAUCGAUUGAGGUCUCAGCCACGACGCGAUCUGAUAGGGGCACCAUUUCCCUGCCUGUCUGCGUCCGAGAGGAUCUGGAGAGGUUUCCUACGCAUCAGCGAUGAGCCUUGGAUCGACCACCACCGAGUCCAAUCGGCCAUUCGCUACCCGGCUGCCGGCUUCCUCGCUAUGGCCAUUGAAGGUGCGCGGCAGCUUUCGGACCAAAAGCUGACCGUUCAGAAGUUCAGAAUCCGGGAUUUCGAACUCAGGAAUGCUGCCCUGAUUCCCGACGACGGCGAGCUGGAAACUACGCUCACAGUGAGACGAAAGGCUGGCGGUCCACUGCUCCCGGCGACUGGCUGGCUCGAGUUCUCAGUCUCAUCUCGAGGAGUAAACCAGGACUUCCGUCUAAAUUGCCACGGCCUCAUCAAAAUUGAGUACGACGGCCCAGUGUCAGCCGCCGUUGGUGAAGUCACCGAUGCACAGCAUCAGGACAUGUGCAAGCGAGAAUUCGGACGCAUAGAGCAACAAUGUACACAAGUUCAGGACCAGGACUAUCUCUAUAACCAUCUCAACGAUAAAGGCCUUCAAUUUGGCCCCAAGUUCAGAACUCUCUCCGAGAUUCGAAGAGGGAACGACGUAUCGUUGUGCACCAUCACCAUUCCUACGUCAGGCUCAAACUUCACUCCGGCGGUUCCCGAAAGACCUCAUAUAGUUCAUCCCGCGACCCUAGACGGAUUGAUGCAGUGCUUCUUCGCCGCCACCAUUGGCAAGAAUGGGAGUCUUGAGGUCGGCAUGGUGCCGCGGCGGGUGGACGAGGUCACAGUAAGCGCCAAGCUCCCAUGCCAGGCAGGGACACGGUUCCGCGCUUGCGCAGUGGCCAACAAACACGGAAUGCAAGAAAUGCGCUCGAACGCCAUGGCGUUUGAUGAGAAUAUAGACGAGCCUCUAAUGACGAUCCAAGGAGUCAACUGGACACCCCUCCAGGGUCUAGCGGCUGAACAGAGAAAGAAAGGUCUCUGUUUCGAGAUGUCAUGGCAGCCACUCUUGUCAGAGGUCGCCAAUGGUACUGCCAAUGGUACUGCCAAUGGUACUGCCAAUGGUACUGUCAAUGGGGAUACCCAUCUAGAAUCUCGUGCAACCGUUCUGAACGGGGCGUCAGACAGUGGUGGUCAGGACAUAUAUCUUAUCGAACCUGACGGUCUGGAGCCUACCGCGGAGCUUUUUAUAGCCAAGCUGUGUGACCAUGUGACAAAGCGUUACGGUGGCCGUAUGCAAAGAGUCAAGUUCGGACAGGUACCGUCUGACCUGAAGAAGAAGCGGUGUGUCUUUCUGGAGCUCGGCAAGCCUUUCCUCGAAACACCAGACACGGCAGAAUUUGCGAGCCUCAAGCAAUACAUUCUGUAUUCCUUGAACAUCCACUGGAUCACGUUCUGCGAUGGGCCAGGAGCGGGACUCGUCACUGGGUUUGCGAGGACCGUCCGCAACGAGAUCCCCAACCUGACGUUCCGAACCCUGCAUUGCACUCGGGGCAUGUUAUCGGAGACAACAGCGACGGACAUGUCUAUCAUAUCUCGAUUCGUGAGUGAGGAACACGACAACGACGGAUCUAUCGACAGCGAGUUUCGACUUCGAGACGGGAGACUUGAGGUAUGUCGAGUCCGGGAGUGCUUGGAACUGAACGACGAGAUCUACGACAUGGCGAGCAGGAAGGUCGCGCCAGUGGCAGUGAAAGACGUCACAAGCGAUAUCGUGCUUAAACCGCAAACCAUUGGAAGUCUAGACGCCCUCAGUUUCGAGGCAGUCGGCCAAUUAGCAGGGGUCGAGUUGGCUGAUGACGAGGUUGAAAUUGAGAUUAAAGCCACCGGUCUUAACCUCCGAGACGUCUUGACUGUCAUGGGCGAGAUCCCUGAUGACAACAUUGGACAUGAAGCGGCAGGCGUAGUGGUACGCAAGGGCGCUGCCGUGACGAGAUUCGAGUCGGGCGACCAUGUAUGCUGUCUCGCACCCGGCGCACACAGGACGCGUCUUCGGGUUCGCGACAAGCUGUGUCAGGACAUUGGCGACAUGACUUACCAGGACGCUGCCUCGCUACCCCUGAUCUUCUGUACCGCAUAUCACGCGCUGGUAAACCUCGCACGCCUGAAGCCAGGACAGUCUGUUCUAAUCCACUCAGCGGCCGGAGGUGUAGGACAGGCUGCUAUCCAGGUUGCAAAGCAUCUCGGUCUGGACGUCUUCGCCACCGUCAGCUCGGCGGAGAAACGGGUGCUUUUGACGAGGCAUUACGAAGUGCCUGACGACCACAUCUUCAACUCGAGAGACUUGUCCUUCCGAGAGGGUAUCAUGGCGGCGACGGACGGCCGCGGCGUCGACUGCGUGCUCAACUCGCUCGCAGGAGAGGCUCUUGGCGAGAGCUGGCACUGCUUGGCGCCUUUCGGCACCUUUGUCGAGGUUGGCAUGAAGGACAUACUGAACAACAGCGCUCUGGACAUGAGGCCGUUUGGCAGCAGUGCGACCUUCAGCUUCUUCAGCCUGGAAUCGAUGGAGAGGAUCGCUCCAGACAUGCUUGCCGACAUCUUCAGCUCCGUCUUCUCCCUCGUUCGCCACGGAGAACUGAAGCCAGUGACGCCGGUCACGUGUUACCAUAUUUCCCAGGUCGAAAACGCGUUCCGGUUGAUGCAGGCCGGCAAGCAUCGGGGCAAGAUCGUGCUGGGUUUCGAAAGUCACGGCAACGAGUCCAUCCGAGUGGCCAAGUCGAUCCGCCAUAUCGCCAAACUAUCAUCUGAUGCAACCUAUGUCCUCGUCGGGGGACUCGGUGGCCUAGGGAGGAGUCUAUCGAAUCUAUUGGUUUCUCAGGGCGCCCGGAAUCUCUGUUUUAUGUCCCUAUCCGGUGCUGCAUCACCACAAGCCCAGUCGUUGGUCCAGAAACUCAAAUCGUCGGGCGUGCGGGUAAAAGUCAUCAUCUGUGACGUUGCAAACGAAGCCGAAGUCAAGGAAGCCCUAAAGGACUGCACCAGAGACAUGCCGCCAAUCAAGGGCGUCAUCCAGGCAGCCAUGGUGCUGCGCGAUGCCGUGUUCGAGAGAAUGACACACGCGCAAUGGGAGCAAUCCCUGGGUCCCAAGGUGCGAGGGUCGUGGAACCUGCAUAGGCACAUGCCAGAAGACCUUGACUUUUUCGUGAUGCUCAGUUCCUACUGCGGCAUCUGGGGCAACCGAGGGCAAGCAAACUACACGGCCGGAUGUGGUUUUCAGGACGAACUCGCGCACUUCCGCCAUCGUCAGGGCCUCAAGGCAAUCAGCAUCGAUCUCGGCGCAAUGCGCGACGUUGGCGUUUUGGCAGACAAGGGCGCGGUGGGCGAUAUGGCAAAUUGGAUCGAGCCCUUCGGCAUACUCGAAGAAGAAUUCCACGCGAUCAUGAUGCUCGCGAUCGCAAGACAGGUCGGCGAAGACUGGGCUGCCAAGGAACCGCAGCUCGUCACCGGCCUUGCGACCGGCGAAGCCGCGAGCCUGGCCGGCGUGUUUCCUUGGUACCUGGAUGAGCCAAAGUUCUCCCUGAUCGCGCAGUAUGAUGGCCAGCAACGAGACGACGCCCUCACAUCCGUCGAUUCGCCCGUCGCCAGACUGGCGCAGGCCAAGUCGCUGGCCGAAGCCGUCGACAUCGUCGUCUCCAGUAUCGUUGCCAAGGUCUCCAAGUCGCUCCAGAUGCCGACCGAGGAUAUUGAUGUAACUCGGCCGCUUUACUCCUACGGUGUCGACUCAUUAGUGGCCAUUGAGAUGAGAAACUGGGUCAUCAAGGAGCUCAGCAGCGACGUGUCUCUUGACGACAUUCUCGCUCACGUUCCAAUCACACAAUUGGCCGAGAUCGUAACCAAGGCUAGCAAAGCGUUCAGCGGAAAGGCGGGUGACGAGGCUUGA